AUGCCGGUCCGCAGGGGCCACGUCGCGCCCCAAAACACUUACCUGGACACCAUCAUCCGGAAGUUCGAGGGCCAGAGUCGUAAGUUCCUGAUCGCCAACGCUCAGAUGGAGAACUGCGCCAUCAUUUACUGCAACGACGGCUUCUGCGAACUCUUCGGCUACUCCCGAGUGGAAGUGAUGCAGAGACCGUGCACCUGCGACUUCCUCACAGGCCCCAACACCCCGCGCAGUGCCAUGUCCCGCCUGGCGCAGGCCCUGCUGGGGGCCGAGGAGUGCAAGGUGGACAUCCUCUACUACCGCAAGGAUGCCUCCUGCUUCCGCUGCCUGGUGGAUGUGGUGCCCGUGAAGAACGAGGACGGGGCGGUCAUCAUGUUCAUCCUCAACUUCGAGGACCUGGCGCAGCUCCUGGCCAAGCGGGGAAGCCGCAGCCUGUCCCAGCGCCUGCUGCGACAGUCGCAGGGACCUGGGGCGGGCAGGGUCAAGUACAGGACCAUCAGCCAGAUCCCGCAGUUCACACUCAACUUUGUGGAGUUCAACCUGGAGAAGCACCGCUCGGGCUCCACUACGGAGAUUGAGAUCAUCGCGCCCCACAAAGUGGUGGAGCGGACCCAGAACGUCACCGAGAAAGUCACCCAGGUCCUGUCCCUGGGAGCGGACGUGCUGCCGGAGUACAAGCUGCAGGCCCCUCGCAUCCACCGGGGCACCCUCCUGCACUACAGCCCUUUCAAGGCCGUGUGGGACUGGCUCAUCCUGCUGCUGGUCAUCUACACGGCCGUCUUCACGCCCUACUCGGCCGCCUUCCUGCUCAGCGACCAGGACGAGUCUCAGCGUGGGGACUGCGGCUACACCUGCAGCCCGCUCACCGUGGUGGACCUCAUCGUGGACAUCAUGUUUGUGGUGGACAUCGUCAUCAACUUCCGCACCACCUACGUCAACACCAAUGACGAGGUGGUCAGCCACCCCCGCCGCAUCGCCGUCCACUACUUCAAGGGCUGGUUCCUCAUCGACAUGGUAGCCGCCAUCCCCUUUGACCUGCUCAUCUUUCGCACUGGCUCUGACGAGACCACAACCUUGAUCGGACUGCUGAAGACAGCGCGGCUGCUACGGCUGGUGCGUGUGGCUCGGAAGCUGGACCGCUACUCUGAGUACGGGGCGGCCGUGCUCUUCCUGCUCAUGUGCACCUUUGCGCUCAUCGCGCACUGGCUGGCCUGCAUCUGGUAUGCUAUCGGCAACGUGGAGCGGCCCUACCUGGAGCCUAAGAUCGGCUGGCUGGACAGCCUGGGCGCGCAGCUUGGCAAGCGCUACAACGGCAGCGACCCAGCCUCGGGCCCCUCGGUGCAGGACAAGUACGUCACCGCCCUGUACUUCACCUUCAGCAGCCUCACCAGCGUGGGCUUUGGCAACGUCUCCCCCAACACCAACUCCGAAAAGGUCUUCUCCAUCUGCGUCAUGCUCAUUGGCUCCCUCAUGUACGCCAGCAUCUUCGGCAACGUGUCUGCCAUCAUCCAGCGCCUGUACUCGGGCACGGCGCGCUACCACACGCAGAUGCUGCGGGUCAAGGAGUUCAUCCGCUUCCACCAGAUUCCCAACCCGCUGCGGCAGCGCCUCGAGGAGUACUUCCAACACGCCUGGUCCUACACCAAUGGCAUCGACAUGAACGCGGUGCUGAAGGGCUUCCCCGAGUGCCUGCAGGCCGACAUCUGCCUGCACCUGCAUCGGGCGCUGCUGCAGCACUGCCCCGCCUUCCAUGGCGCCAGCAAGGGCUGCCUGCGCGCGCUCGCUGUCAAGUUCAAGACGACGCAUGCGCCGCCCGGGGACACGCUGGUGCACCUCGGCGACGUGCUCUCCACGCUCUACUUCAUCUCCCGCGGCUCCAUCGAGAUCCUGCGCGAUGAUGUGGUGGUGGCCAUCCUCGGAAAGAAUGACAUCUUUGGAGAGCCCGUUAGCCUCCAUGCCCGGCCGGGCAAGUCCAGCGCAGAUGUACGGGCCCUGACCUACUGUGACCUGCACAAGAUCCAGCGGGCAGACCUGCUGGAGGUGCUGGACAUGUACCCUGCCUUCGCAGACAGCUUCUGGAGUAAGCUGGAAGUCACCUUCAACCUGCGGGACGCAGGCGGUGGUCUCCAGUCAUCACCCCAACAGGCUCCAGGCAGUCAAGACCACCAGGGCUUCUUCCUCAGUGACAACCAGUCAGGUGACCCCCCCAGGUUGGGGCCCCACCCCUACUGCCAGGGCUACAGCCUUUUGGGUCCUAGAAGCCAGGCCUCUAUGGGGGCCCACCCUGUGGAACCAGCUGGACCUUGGCUCAAGCUUCCCUCUCCACCCCCUGCAGGUGCAGCCCCUUCCCUGAGCAUCUCAGACGCAUCUGGCCUCUGGCCUGAGUUGCUGCAGCAAGUGCCCCCCAGGCCAAGUCAGAGCCCCCCAAACCCUCAGGGAGACUCAGACUGCUGGCCUCGGGAGCUAGGCUCCAGGCUAGAGCAGCUCCAGGCCCAGAUGAACAGGCUGGAGUCCCGCAUGUCUUCAGACCUCAGCCGCAUCCUGAAGCUCCUUCGGCAGCCCCUUCCCCAGGACCGCACUGGCUACAUCUUGGGAGCCUCCACCUCCAAUGACCUGGCCUUGUUCCCUGCAAGCUCAGCGACUCAGAGUCCAGGAACCCAGCUGCCCCGGGGGGACCCACCCCCGGCACAGAUGCCCAGCUAUGGUGACACGGAUGAAUGGAGGCCGGAGCUCAGGAACUCUUCCUCUAGGAUGCCCCCCUCUGCCAUGGAAAUGGACAGAACUCUGACACUGUCCUCGGAACAGAAGCAGCCCGAGGGGCUCCCGUCACCCCUGGCCUCCCCUCUGUGUCCCUUGGAGGUACAGGGGCUUGUCUGUGGUCCCCGCUUCCCCUCCCUACCUGAACACCUCAGCUCUGUGCCCAAGCAGUUGGAGUUCCAGAGACAUGGCUCAGAUCCUGGGUUUGCAAGGAGCUAGAGCCACGGUGCCCCAAGAUUAAAAUAAAACAGCACCAUGAAGGAACUGAAUGUGGGUAAGGUGAUAGUUAUGGAUGUGGGGGAGCAGACAGCCUCUAAACUAACCCUUCACCUAGAGUAGCUACAAACUGCCAAUCCAGGUGACCCCAGACGGUGCAGGUGAAGAGGCUCGUGACUUCCCCCAGUCUCCUCCAGGGCUCUCUUUAGACAGCAGGGCUGGUGGAGGGUGGAUGAGCCUCAGGCGUGGAGGUAGGACAGGGCAGAGAGCUUAGGAAAGAAAGGAGACGUUUCUGAUCUUUUCUGUGUGAGAGCCUGGCUCUGUGCGGAGUUCAGUCACCUCCCACCUCAGAACCCUCCCCCACUAUGCAGCCAAGCCCCCAGGGUUGGUCAAGACCUCCUGCCGAGAGCCUGUGAACCAGCUAGAGACGGGAGUCUCCUCUGCAGUGGACACAUCAGGGCCCAGAACUCCAGCUCUCAGCCACCCUGCCCUUGAUGGUUCUGUGAUGACCUUUGGGAUCUAGUGGGCAGUAGAGGGUCUCAGAGCUAAUAAAGUCUGCAUACUUCA